AUGUAUAUAGACAUACAGCAGAGUAGAUCAGAGUAUACAAACCACAUCUACUACAAACUAAACUUGACAGCAGCAAUCCAGCAAGUGACCGCAUCGAUUGCCGAAGCACUCCAGCAGAGAUUGCGCAGUUGUAGUAAUGUAGAUUCGUCUUCCCCUCAAGGUAGUGGUUGUAUCUAUGAUCCUGAAAAUGAAAAAGUAUUCUGUCUUUAUAAGGACAUAGAAGAGAUUGAUCAGGAAAUCAAAGCUAUCAUUGCUCGAUCAAGGCACGAGGAAAAAAACAAAGCACGUACUUUUCUUCUGAAUAAGUUGGUCAGUAUGGUAUUGGUUUACAUUAAUAGUCUUGGAUACAAGUUGAAUAUUGGGAUAUUGGCAAAUGAUUCAUUAUUUCAUGCCGUCGAUUGUCUUUUUAAUUAA